CCGGGCAGUGCGGGGGGGGGGAAGGGGGGGCGGUUGUUGGGGACAUUGCCCUUGCUGCUAUGGAGAGAAGAGAAAGCAUUGUGAAGGAACAACCGCUUCAGAACCCCGUGAAGCCUCUCUGGGAUGUGCCUGUGUGAGAGCCGCAGUUGUGAGGACUCUAUAUUGGCAUUUUGGAGUCUCACCCCGAGCCCCAGCUCCUUCUCAGCACACUGGGAAGUGCUUUCCCAAUGCAAACCACCUCAGCAACACAGGACUGCCUUACGCUCGUUGCUGAACAGAACAUCCCUGGAGACAUUUUGAUGUCAGUAGAAGUCUCUCACAUUCAGAAAGGAUCUCUGUUUGCUGAAGACCAGCAAAUGCGAGGUGAUUUGAAAGAACCCAGCAAUCUAGAGGAAUUAAGACAUUCAUUCCAAACAGCUAUGGACAAACUAGUGAAAGAUAUUGAGCUUACAUUACAGGAAACCCAGAAUAAUGAUAACAACAGGCACAAGAAGCAGCAACAAGUAAAGAUGCAGGGUGGCAUGAGAGACAUACCAACAUCAUAUUUCAUCUCAGACAAUACAACUGAGAACAUGGAUGCUAAGAGUCAUAUGGCACACUUGGAUGUGAUGGGAAGAACAAGUUCUUUGCAGUCUGAAGUAUCCACCAAUGUGGAAGAACAGAAAGAGCUUUGCUGCAUGCAGGUCACUGCUGCUGACAUUGAACUUCAGAGGAUGUGGUGCAAUUUUGUGCUGGCUGAACAGAAAUAUGAAUAUGAGGAUAGUGACAAAAAUAGGCUUCAUAAAGAGAGAAUGGCACGGAUUCAUCAACAGUUUAGCCAAGGACUCCAAGACCGGCUCCUGCCUCCAAACCAAAAUGUUUUGUUUUUCUUAUACUGCUUCACCAUUAUGUUUAUUAUUUACAUAGUAAAAGACCUAGUCUUUUACUUUUUCCAAAACCAUCACCAGUUCUCUUUUGCUAUUGUGAUCUUUUUCAUUCUCAAAGGGAUUUUCCAGGAUUAAAAAUCUAGGAGAAAUAUGCUCUUAAAAGAGGUAGAAUAUUGUUCAUUUUUCUGCCCCUGAUUUUACUGUUUUUUGUUAUGCACACCAACCAAUAGUUACACAAAACUAACUGAUUUCCUGAAGAAAACUGGAAAUGGAUGACAUGAUAUGACAUCACACUGUCUAUACAAAUAAAAUAAGAAGCCUCUUU